UGGAGCAGGAGUCAGUAGUUGUGGUUGUGUUGGUGGUGUCAGUGGUGUCUCGUGGGUAGUGACAAGUUUGAGAUUUUAAAAAUUUGAUAUUGCUAGUGUGAAGCUGCUGUUGCAACUGUGACACCGCUGGUGCAACUGUGACACCGCUGGAGCACAUACUGCACCACCUUAGACAUCCCCAUCAUGGUUUACUUGCUCACAAAGUUCGAUAACUUCCUUAACCGGUCGUUUUACAAGUUGGGGAAUACAAUCGCUAAUCACUACGGCUACUUCAUCAUUGUUCCCGUCUUCAUCUCUGCCAUCUUGGCCACGGGGAUCCAGAGAAUUAGGUACGAGGAUGAUCCUGAGUACUUGUUCUCCCCCACCACAGGCUUAGCAAAGGUCGAGAGAGCUAUUAUAGAAGAAAAUUUUUUCGUCAACUACAGUUCUGACUUCCAUCCGUCACGAAUAACGCGGAUGGGACGCUAUGCCAGAUUAAUCAUCACAGCUAAGGAUGAAGCGACCCUCCUACGAACACACAUUUGGGAGGAAAUAAUGAGUCUAAAUAGUUUGGUUCAUUCUAUCAAUGUUCUGAUGGAGAACGAGGAAGUUGGAUAUAAUGACCUUUGCGCCAUAUGGGACAGCAAAUGCUUCGAGAACAACGUUCUAGAUCUACAUGAAUUCAUGCCAGAGAUUGAGAAUGGCACCUUCACCCUGACUUAUCCAUUCAUGCUCAAUCCUCUUACCUUCGAAGCUCUAGUGUUCCCGUUCUUCUUCGGCGGCGUGGAUGUCAACAGCAGCGGCAUCAUGAGCGUGCAGGCACUUUCAGUCUUCUACUGGCUCAAGACCAACACUGCCAAGCAGCAGGCAGAAGCCACGCUGUGGGAAGAUGCCCUCCUCGAAGCAGUGGAAAAGCGGGAGUUCGAGUUCAUCUCUGUAGCAAGGUUCGUGUCUCGCACGCUCGAAGUUGAGCUGGAAAGAAACACGCACUCAGUGGCGCCUUUAUAUGCCGUAGCUGUAGCUAUAUUGGUGGUGUUCAGCGUGUGUUCUGUUAUGAUGGGUGACUGGGUGCGUUCUAAGCCCUGGCUGGGUUUUGCAAGCAUCAUCUCAGCUACCCUCGCCUGCCUCGCCGCCUACGGUUUCCUGAUAUACCUCGGGGUAGAGUUCAUCGGCAUAAACAUGGCUUCGCCCUUCCUCAUGUUAGGCAUCGGUAUCGACAACGCUUUCGUGAUGCUGGCGGCGUGGCGCCGCACAAAGCUGCAGGACAGUGUACAGGAGAGGAUGGGCCAAACUAUGGCAGAAUCUGCUGUCAGCAUCACCAUCACUUCCCUCACUGACAUGAUCUCAUUUUUCGUUGGUGCCAUUACUCCAUUCCCUAGCGUCCAGAUCUUCUGCCUCUACACGGGGACAGCAGUGUUAGUGUCGUAUGUGUGGCACAUCACUUUCUUCGGUGGUUGCCUGGCCUUGGCUGGCUUUAUGGAGAGGGAUCGGCGUCAUGGAUUCACUUGCCACACUAUAAAACCAAAGUCCGAAGCAGUGGAUGAUGGUUGUUGCUAUCGCUACCUCUGCACUGGUGGGCUGAGUGACUCUGAUCCCAUGAACUCCAAGGAUAACAAACCUCACGCCUUCAUGAUGUUCUUCAGAGAUCACGUUGCCCGCUACCUAAACAUGCCCUUCAUCAAAGCCCUGGUGAUAUUGGUGUUGAUGACAUACCUUGCAGUAGCGUCGUAUGGCUUCACUAUGUUAAGAGAGGGACUGGAAAGGCGAAAACUGUCUCGUGAUGACUCUUACUCUGUCCACUUCUAUGAUAGUGAGGACAGAUAUUUUCGAGAAUAUCCUACAGAAUACAAGACUCAAGUUGCAGUAACGGGAGACGUGAACUACAGUGAUCCUGUAACUCAAAAGGAAUUAAUGGAGCUGCACAACAAGUUUGAGAAGUUAUCAUACAGUGGAGGUCCCAUCUUCACCGAGUCGUGGCUCCGGUCGUGGCUUGCUUACACUGACAGAAAUCAAGAGUAUUUAGGCAUUAAUAUCACGAGUGAAGAAGAUUUUUGCUCUCAUCUUGGAGAGCUGUACCUGGCAGGACCAGCGAAUGUGUUCGCCCAGGAUGUCACGUUCAACGAAAACAAGACUCGCAUCGUUGCUUCCCGGUUCAUCUUCCAGACUCACGAGAUACUUGACACAAAUGCGGAUAAAGAUAUGAUGGAGGCUUUCCGGAAAGUAGCCUUUGAAUCUCGCUUCAACGUUACUGUUUUUAAUCCAUAUUUCAUUUUCUUUGAUCAGUUUAUCUUGGUGAGGACGAUUAGCAUACAAGCCAUCUGUCUUGCUGCUGCUAUAAUGGUGAUCAUCUCGCUCGUGUUUAUACCAAAUCCUGUGUGUUCUUUUUGGGUCGCUGUUUCCAUAAUGUCUAUUGAAGUAGGUGUUGUAGGUUGUAUGACUUUGUGGGGAGUAAAUUUAGAUUCCAUUUCAAUGAUCAAUCUUAUAAUGUGUAUUGGUUUUAGUGUUGACUUCUCUGCUCACAUUUCCUAUGCCUAUCUAGCAGCUAAAGUGGACACACCAGAUGAACGUGUGCAGGAAUGUCUGUAUGCCCUUGGUGUUCCUAUAGUGCAAGGUGCCCUCUCAACUAUUUUAGCAAUCUCAGCACUCCUCUUAGCUCCUUCUUAUAUAUUCAUCACUUUCUUCAAGACUGUCUUCCUCGUUAUAUUCUUUGGUGCGAUGCAUGGAAUCUUACUGUUGCCAGUUCUCCUUUCCCUUAUGGGCCCCGGUUCCUGUAACAGAAAGAAACUGGUAGAUUCUCCUGCACCCUCUGUGACGUACAGUAAUUCAUUCUUUGCUCAUAAUGAAAAUAUUUCAUCUUCUGACUUCGUUGAUCUCAACAUAAAGAUUCCAAGAGCACAUUAUGUACGCUCAGUUCACAAUGGUUCAGCAGCUUCACAGGUGAACCUGACGACACAAACUGGCUUUGAUACGCUAGCGGCCAGUGAAGGUGGUAACAGUCAGAGAAAAGACAGUCUUGAUACUAAUAGUGAAGAGUCGAAGGAAUCCAUCCAGAACAAGGGACUUGAAACACAGCGUCGCAGUUCAGGCAGUGCUAACAGAACUAGAAAAUGUCCAGGACUUCCUUUCUCGGAAGCGUAUGAUAAUAAAGGUUAUGUAAAUGAUAGUAUGGAAGAUAAUCGUAGAGCACAGGAAUCUGAUCUCCCUAUUUAUGGCGAAUGGGAAGAGCCACGACAAUGUUACAGUGAGCAAAUUUCCUCUUUUGAUUAUUCCUGUGCUCAGCGGCGUGGCUCUGCUGGUACACUAGAUCAAGAAAGUGAUGAUCAGUCCCACGAAUUAGAGGCGCACGUACAUCAUGGUGGGUCAUCUGUACCUCAGCAUGAGCAACACUCUUCACAGCCAGGAGACCAUCCAGUAAUCACCAGUAACAAUGUUAGGCUCAAGUAGCCAUCUUUUGUCUGUAAGUACUGUACAUAGAUAAGGGUGACUGGACAAUCCAACAUGCCUUGCAUCUCUGUACUAUUGUGUUUGUAAUUCUUUGACUAUUUAUGCAAAAUAAAAAUGCAAACGCAAUUUUAGUAUUGAAGAUUGUUUAUACUCGCUAAUAUUUUUUUAUGUAUCAAUUUAUGAAAUUUUCUGUUACUUUUUAAAGCAUAUAUUUUAUCUCAAAAAUAAACGUCAGGAAAAUAUUGUAAAGUCCAUGGAACAUAAUGUGCAAAAUGUUCUAGAGCAAAGAUUAAGGUUUGCAUGUCUUAAACUAUCGCCACAUUAAGAUGAAAUGUUGCUUAGUUUAGUAUAAAUAUACACAGGUAGUUUAACACCUGUGUAAACUGAAGCUACCAAUUAUGAGGUUUUACUAGAGAAUUGUAAAUAUAUUCUAAAAAUUAGUCUGUAAAAGUUUUUAUUAAUCUGAAUUAACAUCGGCUUGUUCGUACACUGCCGAGCAAGUCCGGUGUUACUUCUCAAUGACAUUAAAUAAAUUUUAAUGAAUUAAAGGAUA